UCCGGGGGUCGCGGGCUGCCGGGACCCCCCGCUGUGCGGGGGGGGCUGCGAGGCCAUCGUGGACACGGGCACGUCGCUGAUCACCGGGCCCAGCCCCGAGGUGGCCGCGCUGCACCGGGCGCUGGGGGGGGUCCCGCGCCAUGGGGGGGCAGUACCUGCUGGACUGUGACAAGGUGCCAUCCCUGCCCAAUGUCACCUUUGUCCUCGGCGGGAAGGAGUUCACGCUCAGCCCCCAGCACUACGUGCUCCAGGUGUCCCAGUGGGGGUCCCCCACGUGUGUCAGUGGCUUCAUGGCCCUGGAUGUCCCCCCUCCCUCGGGACCCCUCUGGAUCCUCGGGGACGUUUUCCUCGCCCGCUUCUACUCCGUGUUCGACCGCGACCGCGACCGCGUGGGGCUGGCACCCAGCAAGUGACACCUGGGGACACCCUGGGGACCACCUGGGACACCCCCAGGACAUCACCAGGACACCCUGGGGGACCACCUGGGACACCUUGGGGACACCUCUGGAUGGUUGGGGGACACCCUGGGGACACCCUGGCGACACCUGCGACACCCUGGGGACACCCCCAGGACGCCCUGGGGACACCUCUGGAUGAUUGGGGACACCCUGGGGACACCUCGGGAUGAUUGGGCGUGGCUUUCAGGGCUGACUUCAGCGUGUGGGGGGGAGUGACUUUCCUUAAGUGUGGGCGUGGCCUGAUUCGUGGUGGGCGUGGUUUCCACAAAAGAUGGUUUAUACCCUGUGUGGGCGUGGCCUCUCCUCAGUGUGGGCGUGGUUUAUCCUCCAUGCAGAUGAUUUCUCAGUGUGAGCGUGGCUUCCCCACGCAGUGGGCGUGGUCUCCAUAAAGGCGGGCUUUUUCCCCUCA